AUGGGUUACUGGAAAUCAAAGGUUGUUCCAACAAUGAAGAAAUUGUUCGAGAGGAUCCCAACAAAGAAGGCUCUUGUUGUCGAGGCUAGCAAGUCCUUAACCUUCGAUGAUUCUAAGGAAGCAAUCAACAAGGAAAUUGAGGAGAAAAGGACAGAACUGGAACCCAAGGUCGUGGAAAUCUACGAAGCCACGUCUGCUGAACUCAAGGCUUUGGUGAAGGAGCCUAAGGAGGAUGGAUUAACCAAACAUUCUGCCGAAGUGCACAAAUUCCUCGAGGCACUUGUAGAAAUUGGGUUCCCUGGGUCAAAGGCUGCAUGUGCAGUUUCAUCUACUAGCUCCGGACCAGUAACGUUCAUAUUUGAGAAAGUAUGUUUGUUUCUCCCGGCGGAGGAGAAGUCUCGGGAAGUGGAUAUUGUGGAGGAAGUCGUGAAAACUGAAGAACCGGCCAAGGAAGAGGAAGUUAUAAGCGGCGAUAAAGAGAUAGAAAUAGUUGAAGAGAAAAAAGAGGAGGUUAAACCGGCACCGGUUCCUGCCCCAGUGACUGCGGAGGAGAAGAAGCCGGCCGUGGAAGAGGAGAAGAAGGUGACGGUGGAAGAGAAGAAGCCAGCCGAAGAGGAGAAGAAGGCAGCAGUGGAAGAGAAGAAGCCAGCCGUAGAAGAGGAGAAGAAGGCAGCAGUGGAAGAGAAGAAGCCAGUGGAGGAGGUGAAAAAAGAAGUAGUUGCUGCAGCGCCAAUGACUGAAACUCCGUCGACCAAGGUUCCAGAAACUCCGGUGGUUGAAUCUCCGGCAAAGGCUCUAGAAACUCCGGCGGCUGAGCCACAAAAGGCUUGAAUUUUUUUCUUAAUGCAUUUCUUUAAGAAAACAUUGAUUGUCUUUGUAUGGAUUUGUGUGGAUAAUUUCUUUUUUUUUUGUUUAAUUUUUAUUUACUAUCCAUGUGAAUUUUCUAUACAUUAUUUGCCUGCUUGCAUUGCAUAUUUUAUGAUCCAAUUCCAG